GGAAAAGUCAGUAAAGAUACUGUGCUGUGGAGAGAAGUCAGUUGAGGACACUGUUCGCAGGAUGACCUUUAAAAAAAAAACAGCGUACGUGAGCAGCUGGCCGGGAUCAGAUCCAGGAGAACAGAAUGACCAAAAAAGGGUUCCGAGAAAGAGCUGGGAAGAACGCCAGCCAUUUCCCGGAUCAGGAAUGUUGUAAGGAUGGUUAUGUGUGUGUAUGUGUGUGAAAGGUCUGAUAGGAAACAGAUGUGAGGAUAGAAACUUCUAGAAGGUUUUGGAAGGAAAGGAGGGGUCGAAAGCGCAGGACCCUGUCAGUUCGUGUGGUCUGAAUUCACCAGCAGCCUUUGUGCACUGCAAUAAACCACUUAAAGAAAAGUAUUGGAGUCAGAUUCUCUUUAACGCGCGAGUGAAGUUAACUGUCAAAGCAGGAGCCGACCGGGGGAGAGGGAGAGAAGGGGAAAAGAGAUUUCAGCAGGGAGGCACGCGCCUUCACGUGGACGGAGCACGGUCUCGGAGUAGAGGGAACUCGACCGGGCAAAAGCCACAACAUAAAUGGUGACCCCGACGUUUUUCUCUUGAUUAUCCCGCUGGAGUGAAUAUCAGAAUUCUGGCUAAUUUGCUUUCUCUUCUUUUCCCCGAUGAAAUUGGCCAACGAAAUGCGACACUAAACUGAAUGAGACACGGGCGGAGAAACGGCGAACGUAUCAACAGAACCCGGACAUGGCUCCAGCAUUAAGUGCAGCAGAGAUGCAGCGUCGCUACAGAGAAAGGAGAGAUGCUGAUCCUAAAAAAAGAGAGGAGUAUCUGAGGAAAGAAAGGGAGAAAUGGCAGAAAGACAGGGAGACAGGGAAGAAAAAAAGAAUCAGAGACCUCAGUCAGCGUGAGCAGCGUGCACAGAGGAAGAAAUGGAGACAGAGGAAGAGAGAUGCUAAAAGCAGGGAAAGACCGAAGGAAGCGACACCUCCACUGUUCCAAAAGCUCAGCAUGCAAGAGUCCUCAGUGCAGCUGUUCUUUGUGACGGAGAAGAGCGUGGAUGAAAUGCAAGAGAUACCACCUCUAACUACAAUCAAAGGAACAAUGAAAAUGCACCAAAUUAUUAGCACCACCACAGGCUUGAUCAAUUACAGGGACAUUACCUGUCUUUGUCAAAAGGACAAAGGGGUAAUGGAUUGCCCUUGCUUUGACCUCAGAGAAGCAACUCUUCAGGCAACCCUGCAGGAUGUGGCAUCAGAUGUCCCAACUACUGAACCCCUAUGGCGUCCUGACAUUAUCACCAGUAGCCAUGUUGGGAGGUGGUGUGUGGUGAUGUAUGAUGAUGACCCCUACCCUGGCAUCAUACUGGCUGUUGAGGACAACAACAUCCAGGUGAACUGCAUGCACAGAAAUGGGAUAAACAAGUUCUACUGGCCCGGCCCACGAAAGGAUGUCAACUGGUAUGCUGACAGUCAGGUCCUGUGCCUAACUGAGGAGCCUCAGGUACUGAAUAAAAGGUCUGUCCAACUUCACAUGGCUACAUGGAGAUAUGUGCAAGACCAGAUUGCACAGUAGGAAGGUUGCCUCAUAUAUCCCAGAGGACCUGGACCUCUGGCAUUCUGACAUGUUCCAGUAUUUGUUCUGUUUGUUCAUACAUAUUUUAUGACAGUUUUAUUUAGGUACUGAACGUUCUGCACAAGUGGGUUCUAACUAAUUACAUAAUUUUGUAAUGUGUUAAAUAAAGUAAUUGAAAGUCA